GCGGCCGCUGUGUCGACGUACCUACCGACCAUCGUACGGUACAAACGUAAAAUAGCACAUUCCUUGAAUAAUAGUUGAGAGAGACUGGAUACGCGGAGAGGAAGCGCGAGAGAGCGAGCAGGGCGCCGGCGCGCGCUCUCGUUUAAAACGUGGUCAAAAGUGCAACCGCAGUUUUAUUAUUCAAAUUGUGAAGGAUAAACGGCAGGGUUUUACCGCUGAUCGGCGGUUCGCCUUUUUCCGUCUCGUCCUCUCUUUCCCCGAAAAUAAGUGUCUAAUUCGAAUAACACCUUGAAAAAAAAAAGGAAUACGUAAUACAUUGCGUUCAAUUUUUCCGCGAGGCGGUUCAAAACGACGAUCAUGAAUCGGGUAAUGACAAUUAACGAACUAGAGCGCCUAGAACCGCCCUGUAAACGUUGGUGAAUUUUUAUCUCUUUUUAUCUUAAUAUCAGAAAACGCUUACUUAUCGUGUGAAAAUAUUAUUUUUACACCCUGUACAAAAGUGCGUUGCAGUGAGAACCAAAAAAAAAAGUAAAGUGAAACGACGUCAUGUGUUUUGAAUCAACUCUUCGAUACACCAUAAAUUGACCCUUUCCCGUCCUCCCCCUCCCCCCCCCCCCUCAAAUAAAAAAUAAUAAUCACAUUAAUGUUGUGAACAAGGCAUAAGAUUAAGCUUCGUGCUUAAAGUAAAACAAAAACCAAAAAUAUAUUCAUAAAUUUUAUAUAUACAUAUAUAUAUAUAUACAUAUAUACUUGUGUAUAUACAUGCAUACAUAGGUGUGUAGAUGUGUUGAAAAAAUUUUAACAACAUUAUUACCUGCACGUUACAGACGUUAGAAAAAACCUGGCCGUAAAUCAGGCCACAAUUGUAUGCACCUGGGGCUAUGGGCAAGUAUUUAAUAAUAUCUUUGGAAUUUAAAUAUAAUAAUCGACAAGGUGAAACUUCAAAGUUAUUCAUUGCCAAGGAAGAUAGUAUAAGUGAGGAUUUGAUAAGAAAUCCGCGUAUAUGCAGCGAGGGAGGGAGAUGUAUGAGUAAUAGGCAGAAUAACAGUAAAAAUCGAUACACUUGCGCAAAUUUAUCUUUAAAUAAAAACGGAUCAAUCUGCAAGCGUUUGCAGAUCAUCGCCGUCGCAGUAUUCGCAAUGACGUUAUUAUCCUUAACGCGUCCGACCGUCGCGUCGCCAACUCCCUCCCUCAAAAACAGUGGCAAAAAAAUAAGCAGCGAGGACGGACUAAACGGCUACUACAACGAGCCGACGAUGCUGCAUUACGAUCAAUUCGACGCCGAUGAGGAGCUCUUCUCGAGCGACUAUCGGAAGCCCCUGGAAGAGGACGAUCCGACUACCCGUACGACAGAUCCGGACCCCCUGGACUCCCGGGAGUUGGAUAAAAUAAGAAAAAGCAUCAUGGAGGAUCUGGGACUGACGCGAAUUCCCGACCCUUCGAAGGCGAAUGUGAGCCAGUCAGAGUACGAAAAUGCGCACAGAGAGUACCUGAGUAGAGUGGAGUCGUCCGGGUCAGAAGAUCAGAGAACGAGAAGAAGACUGCACGUCUUUUACCCUGCAGAUCACGUUUUCGAAAACGGAUCUCGGAGGAGUUACGACGGUCUAAUGAAUAACAUAGAGGGCGUAAAUUCGAUCUACUUCCCCGUAGAAAUACCCGUGCAUAAAAACCACGCGGUUGAUCAUGCGACGUUGCGCAUACUGAUCGGAGGUUCCGAGGACGUCGAAGAGGAGGUGGAGGUGUCGAUAUACCAGACGACGCGGUCGUCGAGGAAGCCGAUAGCUGUCCAAAAAACGCGGGUGGGUUCUUCGGCGCCGAGAUGGGUGGAUUUCGACUCAACGGAGGCGGUGGUUUCCUGGGUCCACGAUGGCGAGGAGAACCUGGGCUUCGAGGUCGAGGUUAGGCGGCGAGGCUCCGAGACUUACAACUGGAAGAGCGUCGCCCCGGCGGCGCUGAACGUCUUCACGAUAUCGGAUCGGAGCGUCGCGUCCGGCAGCCGAUUCCGCCGAGCGACGCCCGACCAGCUGAUGUCUCUUCACAGAGGCCGUAGGACCGAGUGCAAGGGACAGAACAAGAAGUGCUGCCGGCACGAGAUGAUCGUCACCUUCAAGGACAUAAGGGGCUUCGAGUUCAUAAUUCAGCCGAAGACCUUCGACGCCGGCUACUGCAAGGGCCGAUGUCCGCCGCGCUACAAUCCCGCCCACCAUCACGCCCUCAUUCAGAGUCUGAUAUGGAAGGAGGACAGGAAAAAGGCGCCAAGACCCUGCUGCGCGCCGAGCAAACUUACAGAGUUGGAGAUACUUUACUACAACGAAAACGAUCCGACAAAGCUCAAGAUCACGAACUGGAAAAACAUGAAGGUCUUAGAGUGCGCGUGUUCUUAGUGCCUGCAAGUUUCGCGGAUAGAAUGCGAGAGGGGCAUACACUUUAUCGAAAACCUUUUGACAUGCGUUGAAACUGCAAGACACGAUAUUAUCAUUAUUAUUAUUGUUAUUGUCAUAAUUAUUAUCAUUCUGAUUAUUAUUAUUAUUAUUAUUAUUAUUAUUUCUAUUAUCAUUAUUAUCUACGAUGCUGAGCAGUGGGAGGCGAAUUAUAUUGUAUACCUAAUUCCUUGGUGUUUAUACCUUUUAUCAAAUAUUUCUCUAUUUAUUUUAUUAUUAUUAUUAUUAUUAUUAUUAUUAUUACACUGAUUUAUUUGUAUCUUUACUUCUUUUUUAUUUUACUUCUAUUCUCUAAUUAAUUAUCGACUAACCAAAGAUUUAAAAAUAUCGGUCGACCCUUGGUAAUUAUAUUAUCUAAUUGCAGGGUGUUGCUGCUUUGACUGUGAUAGAAAAAAAAAUAAUCACACAUAUUGUAAAAUAUGUAUAUGUAUAUGAUUAUAAUUAUAAGUAUAUUCGGUAUUUUCUACAUCGGAUGCGCAUAAUGUAUGUAUGGAUAAUGUAGAAAUUUUACUAUCUAAUGUCUCCUUCACACAGGGUUAUAUCCUGUAUAAGCUGGAUUGUUUGGUAUGUAUGGGUAUAUAUACACACGUAUAUAACGGCGAACGUUCCUUCGCCCUAAAUCUAAACGGUCAGUAUAACUUAUAUCUCUAUCGAUGUUAUUAUGAGAAUGAAAUAUGUAUAGUAAACUAUCGCAAUUACACUCAUGAUGAUUUUAUAGCAAUGAAAUGAAAUAUAAAUAACCGCGUGUGCCUUUGAUCAAUAGCCACGAAAUCACAAUCCGGUUAAAUAUGUAGAAAGAUGAGGGUAAAAAAAGAAAAAGAAUUGAAUUUAAAUAUCAAUACCUAAUUUUCACGAGCCAUACAUCAAUAUAUUAUGUCAGAUGAAAGCAACUUUGUAAAUAGCAUCGAAAAAUCCGAAAAUUUAUAAAUUCCUCUGUAAAAGAUGCCCUGAGCAUAUCAAUAUAUUACACACGAUCUCAUACGCAUGUACGCAUAUUUAUUAUAAACAUUUAAUUCCGUGCUCAAUUUUCCUAAUUGACGAAAUUCAUUGCAGAAAAACAUAAUACAAACUUACGUACCACAUGUACAGGUCUAUUUACUUUAAAUGUGGGGAAAAGAAAUAAUAAUAAUAAACACUUCGUGUCUCGGACUUUGACUAUUUAUCUAGUUUGAAACAUAAUAUUACAUACACGGCACUGCGUUAUCGAUUAAUCAUUUCAACAAGCUGCACCUCUUAGUUCCUAUAUAAUAUAUAUUGUACAGUUUACAUAUUACGCCUACCGCAAUUGUCAUUGAAAAGAACUUCAUAGUAACGAAUUUUCAUAAUAAAAUAAACUUAAUGAAAAUAUAAUAUACGUAAUAGUAAUAUAAACAAUAGUAUAAUGGUAGUAGUAUAUAAAUAAUAAUAAUAGUAUUAAUAUUAUUAUUAGUAUAGGUAUAAUAUAUAAUAUAUUAUUCUCGAUUAUAUUUUCGAAUCUCUUUAAGUAAAACUGGACAAACGCGAUUGUCGAACGGAUCAUAUAGUCGUUUCAAUUCAAAAUAGUAUUUUUCUCACCAACAAAACACGAUUAUUACACAGUUCUGUCUUCUGUUCGAAUUAAUUUCUCUCUUUAUUUUCAAUACCGUUUUCAAUUUUUCAACAACCCUUUGUGCUACACGGUAAAAUUAAUAAUCGUGAUAGUACAGAAAUUUAAAACAUUAUCGAUUAAGAAUAAAAAUAAUUUUUCAAUUAUAUUUUACUACAUCGCUGUUAUAUGAUAUAGGGAAAUGUUCCGUAAUGUGUUCACAUGUAACUUAUACAUAUAAUAUACAUAUACAUGCGUAUAUCACGGUGGCGCAAAUUAAAGAGAAGAAUCUCUGGUUGCUGAGUAACGAAACAGAUUUCUUUCAAAAGAAUUUGUAGAAAUACUUAAUUCGUUACAAUAUUUACUUCAUUUUUAUCAAGUCAUUUUGUUUUCACAGUUGUUGUCUUUUGCACUUUUUCUCGAAAUUCGUUUCGCGCCUCAUUUUUUCCGGUAUGGAUCGUAAUUUCUAACCGAUCUGAAUGAUGAUAAAAUUAUUCUGAAUAUGGGACUAUAAAUCAUUUUAUAAUCAAAUCAUAUCAAAUUUAUAGCCGUAUUUGUAUAGACAUUGAGAAAUGCGCUUCAUAAAAAAUAAGCCUUCGUUGCACGACGCACGUAUCAUGUUUUUUUCACAAUGGCAAUAGAUAUCAUGAUAUAAUAUUACGAAUCAAAGGAACAAAAAUUAUCUAAGAAUAUAUCUUUCUAACCUCUUGCCACUCGCAUCUCUUUCUCGCUCCCAAGGUAUUUCCAUAACCGUUUGCGCGUCGUCUGUGAAUACAUCGGUAUAAAAUCCACGCAUACAUGUAUAAAAACCUAUAAAAAUCAGGGGAAACGAUGUACAAGAAUCGAAAGUUCUCUACGUGUGUAUGCAGCAUACAUAUAACGAAGGACAUUUUCAUCGUAAACUUGUUCGGUACGACAGCUCGCGAUGGUUAUUUUGUACCGUGAUUCUCGCACGUUUUUAAUGAGAGAAUUAAGCUAAAAUUGUGUAAAAUAUCACGGGUAUACGUGCAUAUAAAUACAUGUACGCCCGUAACAUAGCUCCUUAAAUGCCGAGACACACUUGAGAGGCUAAUUUCGGGCGCGUUGACAACCACGUUUCGUGUUUUCAAACCGUUAAGGUGUCGGAGUUUGACCAAUACUUAUAGUUCGAGACGGUGCGCUGCAUUUGCAUAAUUGUUGAGCUAUAAGCAAGACAGCUCGUGUAUAAUAUAUAUCGAUAUACGGACACUCGCUACUUAUCAAGAAAACGAGAAGAGAAAAUCGGAAUAAAAACAAAAAAAAAAUAUAUAUAAAUAAAUAAGAAAAUAAAAAUAAAAAUUGUCUUGUUAAUGUUAGAAGUAAAACUAGAAGAGUGCAGCGUGCCUGAAGUUUUAUCGUACAGAGAAGUCUGCAAUUUUAUCGUGCAAUGUGUAAGGUUCAUACGUGUGUAUAUCGAAUGCAUGUACAUACCUACCAAACAUAUAGAGAAAAACUAUCAUGUGCAUACUAUUUAUUUAUUAUUUUUCUUUACCUUUCAUCUAUGUACAAUACGUUCAUCAUCGCCACCGAUUUAUUUAUUGCAUUUAUACACUGACACGCACACGCAAAACGCGCACACACACACACACACAUAUAUAUAUAUAUAUAUAUAUAUAUAUGAUGUAGAUAUACAUGCAGGUACCUGUAGGCAUAAUAUGUAUAAUAAUAUAUAUAUAUGAAUUUGUAAGGUAUACAUAAUAAUCGUAGACGUAGAACGCACAUCCUGCAUUUCGCAUACGAAAUUAUUACUGUAUUCGAUAAUACCAGAUUUGAUAUAUGUAAACGCUAUGUACGGACCUGUUUCUAUAUUGUUAUAAAUAUACUCGUAA